CAGCACAGUAUACUUGUUGACAGUGAGGCCAAGCUAGCGAGGUGUGUGAUCAGUCACUGCCACUCAGUGCUCGCUCACCCCGAGUGCAGGCUGCCUACUCUACCUCACUACCAAUGAAACACACGCUCUAGUGAACUAAUUACUGUGGGAUAUAUAGAAUGGUGAACGGCUUCUGGGCGUCAAGGUGAGAGUGGCUAACGUGCAUUGUAGCGGAGGCUCCUACGCUCUCCUGGUUAGGCUUACGGCCUAGCAUAGUCGUCUUUAUGAAAAUAUAAAAAAAACGUGAAUAUUGGUGAUUAAUGAGAAGGAAAACUCAUAUCGCUAUACAUAAUUACUUAAAUUAUAGUGACUGUUUUUUGUGGAGUUGGCAACAACCGUGAGGAAGUAUCUGGGAGGCCUAGAACCACUAGAAUAUACAUGAAGUGUAAAGGAAAUUCAGUGGAAAUAUCUGUGGUGUGUUAGGGCGCAGACGACCUGGACUGGUGUUGGUGUGGGUGUGUGAGAGUGAACUGUGCAGCGGGGCGAGGCAGACAGGCACAAGCACAUUGUGCUGUAGGAUGGCUAAGCUGCUCAACAUCCUCCUGCAGCGCUCAGACGAGUCCAUCCCCUGGGGGUUCCGUCUCCAUGGCGGGGCAGACUACAAGAAACCUCUCGCCAUCCAACGAGUGACGCCGGGGACGCUGGCGGCGCAGCACCUCAACGUUGGGGACAUACUGGUUAUGAUCGAGGGCCACGACGCCCGCGCCCUUUGUCACUUCGAUGCUUAUGACCUCAUCAAGGCCGCCGGCAACCGCGUCGAGCUCACCAUCAGGAAGGUCGACUCCCAGUACUUAGUGCCGGAAAAUUUGGCUCACCAGGAAAAGUUAGAGCAACAGGUUGUAGAAGAACGGCAGGCGGAGUUCGAGAGAAGACGUCAGAAGGAACAACAACGGAAGUCCAUAUCUGCGGGGUCCCCUCCUCUCCCGCAGUCAGUCACAUCUCACAGAGCCCAGUCACCACAGUCUGUCUCUUCACCACAGCGAUAUUCCUCCCCUCUGAGACUAGCACAGUCGCCGCCAAACAGGUUCUCUCCUCCUACCUUGCCGCAGUCUCCAGAUAAACGCUGCUCGUCGACGCCGCAGUUCGGCCGGGAUACGAUUCCACAGCUGUCCUCUCCGUCCACCCAGUACGCCACUCCGCCGCAGUUCUCAUCGCCUACUGAAAUAUUCUCGUCUCCUCAGCCAAGUUUCUCGACCUCGACGUACUCGACGCCCAUGCAGAUGUUUUCUCCUCCACAGGUGCUCUCUCCCACACAGCUCCAUCAAACGUCCCAACAGCACUCUCAUCCAGAACAAACUCAGCAACCAUCUCUGAAUUCUCAGCAUCUGUCAGCUAAGCUUCAUCUAUUGCAGUCUCAUCACGGUCAUCAGAUGCAGUCACUGAGUCAGUCAUCCCUCCAUACACACCAAGAAAUACAGGCAUCACAACAAACUGUCCAAAGCUCGCAGUCUUCCUCUCAAUUAUCCGCGAUACCAAAGACAUUAUUACCAAAGACAGUGAGAGAACCUCCCAUGGAGAUUCAAGACCCAAUGCUGUUAACAGAGGAACAAAAGAGAAGGCAGUUACAGCAGUUGAUCCUGGAGAAGCGGCGGUUGGAGGAACUAAUGAUGAUCGCCAAGAGGCGGGAAUCAGAAUCAGGCUCCAGCCACCCGUUGCCGACGACCCGCAAAGACCCGCCAGGAGCUGCUCAUGGAGGUGCAGUACCAGUGGCUAAGAUUGAACAGUCCUCAUCACUCGUUAAGGAACAGUAUUCAUCACUCGCCAAGCAGCAAUCUUCGUCACUCACUACAGAACAGUGUUCGUCUGUUAUCAAGCAACAGUCUACUCAGGUUACCAAAGAACAAACAACAUUGGCAAGAGAACGCUCGCCGUCCAUCAAGAGGGAAAAGUCACCUCUGACAAGGAAAGAAACAUCGCCAACGCAGAAGAAUAAGAGCUCUUCGACUCUAAGAAGGGAUGAUGUGACACCAAUGCGGAAAGAGGACGAGGAGAAACUGAGAGAAGAAAAUAGAAUUCGAGACGAGCAGAUCAGAAGGAUGCAGGAGAGAAAGUUGGAGGAGAAAAGGAAAAAGGGAGCCAUCAGAAGGUACGAGAGCCAGUCCACCGACGACGUCCGCAACAAGAACCUCCAAGAGGCUCAGCACCUCAAAUCGGAGGAAAGGAGGCUCCAGGGGCAAAUCACCAAGGCUGAGAAGAGACGGUCGGAGGGCGCCAACUACCAGAGGGAGGGAGCUAAGAGCGAGGCCGCGCUGGGCAGAAGUGGGCAGGAGGCCGCACUGAGCAAGAGCGGACAGGAGGCCGCGCUCGGCAGCAUGGAAGAGUCCAUGACGCUCUUCGCUGAACAGCAGAAGAAAGACCAAGUUCUGAUUGAAGCGGAGAAGAGGAAACAAGCAGCGAGGAAGAAAAUAGAAGAGCAGAAGAGGCGAGAGGAUGAACGGACGGUUACAGUGAGCCAGGAGCAGAGGAGACAGCACGAACAGAUAGCUAUGCAGGAGAGGAAGAGAGUGGAGGAGAAACACAAGCAGGAGGAGAAGAGGAGGCUACAAGAACAGUUUAAGAAGGACCAGAUCAGAAUACAAGAGGAAAUGAAGCGGAAAGAAGAAACGAGAAAAAGGGAGGAAAUUAGAAGGAAGGAACAAGAAGAGAGGAGGCAAAGAGAAGAACAAAACCUAAUAGAAGAACAGAGGAAAUUAGAAGAAGAGAGAAAAGAGGCACAAAUGCGUGAAGAAGAAGAGAAGGCAGAGGAACUAAGACGUCACUUGGAAGAAGCAAGACGGAGAGAGGAGAAGAAGCGGCUAGAACAACUUCAAAGGAUACAAGCAGAAAAACAGUUGGAAGAACAAAGACGAAUAGAAGAACAGAAAAAGAAAGAAGAGGAAAUAAGAAGAAAGGAGGAGCAGAGGAGAGAAGAAGAGAAGAGGAAAGAAGAGGAAAAGAGAAAAGAAGAGAAGAGAAAAGAAGAAAGGAGGAAGAUAGAAGAAGAAGAG